AGCAUAGCACGUGAAGGAGAAGAGAGAGAAAGAGAGAGUCGCAUUGCUUGUGGGAAAAAUCCGCGGUUGUGUUUAUGUGCGUGGAUUCGGUAGCAGCAGCAUCGGAGAAAAGAAACUCGGUGUUUUUUAAAGGAUUUUUUUUCCGGGGAGAGCCAUGCACGUGGUGGGAAGGCUCGCUUGGUGGUUGACGUGGCUAGUGGCUAUCUUCAGCGCCGUCAAGACCGCUAUGGUGUCCAGGUUGCCCCUCAAUUUCAGACAUAACCAUAAGAUGGCGUUCAGGAUCUUCUACCAAACUGGGAAUAAUGAAUCAGACCUCCCAGAAUGUGGUCCAAUGACUGUCUGCAACAGAGUGGAUACAUAUUCAACACCUUGGGUAGAAAGGCAAUGUCGCUGCCCAGGAAAGAAAAUUUGUUCAAUGUCCAUUGAUGCAAGAGAUGGAUAUACAGUUGUCGACAAAUCCAGACAGUUAAAGCUCUGUGAGCCGGUCAGCAGGCUACCAACCUGCCGGUACUUUCGGGACGUGGCGUGGACGUACGCCACUUAUCCGGACAACUCAACAAAGCAAACAAUGCAUUGUAUGUGCCCCAAGAACGGCGUGGGAUAUAUAUUCAAGCACGAAGUAUACAACACGCCAGAGGGACCAGCUGUACUUUAUUUUCUGGCAUGCUCACCUCAAAGCAAAAUGCGCUGCCAGAGGAAAGAGCCCUGCCGACUCUUCACCAUCAAGAAGAGGCCGGACGUAGAAGAGGUCAGUACCAACACCAUUUGCCAGUGUCCGCACGGACACCGCUGUCCGCAGCACCACAGCGAACCAUCGGUCAUCCUGUGUCCGUCCAGUUUCAGCGACGAACACAUAAGGACAUACAGUGGUUACUGCACUUCGGAGCUGUGAAGACCGUGUUUUAAACUCGUCUUGGCUUAUAAACUGUUGCAGCACAGACCGAGAGCGAGAAGAAACCAACAAAAACUGAAACUGUGUAAUUAAUACACACAAAAUGGAACACUGAUAAGCAAGUGUCCUCCUAAAAGGAUCUGUAUGACACAGAAAACUUUUCCAAAAACUUGCAGACAAAUCAAUAGUGGCGUAAAAGUUGAAAAUCGGAAUUUUAUGUAAAUUUAUUCAAGUAUUAUUUUUUCCUCCGCAAAAAUAUGCUCCUUUAACUAGCAGAAGAAUCUGAUUUAGCACCGGCUUGUUAUGGCGGAAGUGUACAGGAGCGCACCCAACUCAAAUUUUUAGAAUUUGCCGAACGGAACACCAAACCAAACUUUGCCAAAUGAAACACCAAAUCGACGAAUAAGGAAAUUUUUGGGAGGUCGCAGCGACUUCCCGUGAGCUACCAUCGGGGCAGUCUGACAUACUUUCAAGAACAAUGCUCAUAAUUCUUCUUUGAUAUCUUCUGUAACUUGAUCUGCUUAUGUAGUACUUUCAUACUAUGAGGCUUCCUAUGAGAUGAGCUGACUCAAUAUGCAUUAUAUGCUUCCCUUUGGUUUGUUGUCGACGUUCCGGCAAUAUAGUUACUACAUAGAAUAUUUUGCGCAACACCUACCUGCAGGUUCUGUCUUCCAUAAGGGGAGAAAAUGCCAUAUUAGUUAUGUCUGUUUUUUGUAGGAUCUCCAAUCAGUAGCGUUUCACAUGGUUUCAUAUUUUAUAUUAUUUACCAGUAAGCCUCAUGGGUUUUUAAUUGUAUUGUCAGUUUAACUUUGUUAACUGGUCUUCAUCCACUAUCGUAAACAAAACAUAAGCCUUAAUUCAACUAGGAGAGAAUCAAGCUUUAGUUAAGCAAUUGAGCAGCGCAGCAAGUUAAAAAUCAAUCUGGCUCUAAAUUUACAUAUUUUACAAAAUUAUAAAAAAUAAUUACCAGAAAAUAAAACUGAGUGAUUAGCCCCAUUAACGCAAAAUAGAAUUGGAGAAGUAAAUUGAAAUAUUUGAAAGCAUAUUUAUGAUUAACUAAUAUUCCAAGUAAGCUGAUUUUCCACCUUAUGGUAAAUGAAUAUUUAAAUGGCACCCGUAAUCAAUAGAUACUCAAAAUCGAAUUUUAAAUGCUCAUCUUGUUUUGUCCUGUUUCGGUAAGUUGCAGAUUUUUUCAAACAAAGUGAAACAUCAUUCUCUUCUUUUUAAAAUUUUAAGCUUUUUACGCCAUGGUUUAGAAUAAAAGUUUAAACAUGAAUAAAUAAAUAAAUAAAUAAAAAGUAAAAAAAAAACUAAACAAAUAAAUAAAUUCAUCUGUUCAAAAAAAAAAAAAAAAGUUGCGCCAAACCGAAAUAUGAACUUGAUAACAACUCAAUUUCUAAGAAAUAAAGAAGGAGAAAAGAGAAGAAUUCCAUUAAAAAAUUGGUAUACCGCUAUUGAGGAUAUUAAAACUAAGAAACAUUUUUUUGAAAGUGUAAAAAAUAGUUCAUUCACCGUUCUUCUGAAUAUUAAGAUUCACCAGAAGCUAAUUUCGGCAUUCAACACACAUUGUACAUGACAUACUCACAGUUUUUUGUGAAGCAAGACUCAAAAUAAAAACUUUAAAAUAUCGUAAGUAAAUGUUUUUUUUUUUUUUACUAUCUCCUUCACACAAAUAGACGACGUUCGCAAUCAGACUCACAAUAGAUUCAUUCCAUUUUUAUGAAUCUCACAAGUAAGAUUCCAAAAGCUCCUCCAAGAUCACGACCUUAGUGUCAGAAAUCUUGGGAAAUCCCCACUCAAGUAGCGCCUAGGUAGACUGGACACGGCCCAGUGGUCGAGGGCGGUCAGAGGUGGAGCCCUUUCCCGCCAGAUGGGGUUGGAGAGAACAAACCUUGGGAAUGACGACAGACGAUCCUUUCCCAUGCUCGCGAACCACGACGGAGCGCACCAAAACCAUUUUCUCAAAUAGGGUAAGGUUCCAGAGUUUUGAGAGAUUAUCGUUUGCGUGGGAGACUUCCGAUUCCCAGAGGGUCUUCGAGAGGAGUGUUUAGAAUGUUACGGAGGGGGUGGAGGCUGGUUUUGGGGAAGGAUGUUGAAAGGAGAGAGAAAAAAAAAUCCUAAUAGGGUGAAGACAUAUAACUAUGUAUUCCCUAUUCAAAUGAAGCUUCAUCAGAAAGAAUUAAAUUGAAGAUUCAUCCGCCGUAAAAUUCAUUUGCAAUUGUUAUCGAAGGGUGGUGGCUGGCUUUGGGGAAGGAUGUUGAAACGAGAUAAAAAAGAAAAUUCUGUCCUAAAUGGAGCGAAAGCAAAUAACUAUGUAUUCCAUAAAAAAGCAACUUCUUCAGAAGAUAUCAAAUUGAUGAUUUUAUCAGCUACAGUAAGUUAUUCACCAUAAAUGAUAGUAAAUUUCAUUUUUUUAUUUAAUUGUUCUUUUUUUCCCGACAGAACCCUUCAAUAAUCCUGAACAAUCACUAGUAGUAAAGAUAUCGGUGAAAAAUAUUACUAAUUGCUAUCAAAUUCUAGUAUUUUACAAGGUGGUUUAAUUUUUUACUUAACAUAAUUAUUUUAGAUAGAAUAAUACCCCGUUACAGUAUGUUUGAAUUUCUUAUAGCCGUUGUGCAGGACAUAAAUAAUAACACGUUUUGAGGAACAUCAACUAACCCUUAGCGCAGCUCCAGUUCUUUGAGACUCCCUGGUUCCUCCGAAACAGUGAAAAACUGCCGUAUUUGCAUAUUUCCUACAUAAGUGCAAGAAAAGUAAAAGGUUAUGAAAUUUGUACAGUUUAGUUAGUACUAUGAAUAUUCUGAGGACACCAUUUUACAACAGUCAAGAAAGUUACUAGAACCAGAGUUUUUGAUUUUAAAAUGAAAAUAUUUUAAUACAAAUUAUAAACGAAUUUCGUUAAGAAAAUUCAGAGCCCUAAAUUCAACAUUGACAUAAAUUGUUAUUUUUCAAGGAAAAAGUUUGAGUGCGUCUAAGGUAUCAAAGAAAAAGUUCAUGAGAAUUCGAAUUUGGUGAAAGAGCUCUAGUUUAAGUAAUCCAAAACUUAAACUUCAUGUUUUUAGCAUUAAGGAACAUUGACAGAAAAUUAAAAUAGCUUCAUUAGCCGAACUAAAAAGUGAUCAUUUUCGUAGCUGUAACGAAUUUUCUCGACUAAUAAAUUCUAAGGGUUUACUCCAUUUACAUAAUGUAUUAUACUGUAAUGUUACAUAAUAUACAAUUAUAUUGUUACAUAAUAGAAUUGAUAAUGAUUUCACUUACUUCGAGAGGAAAAAAAGAAACAUUGUUUGAAAUUACGAACCUUUGUUCAAAACUUAAAAUAAGAAUAAAUGUUUCAUGUACCCAAACAGAAAAUAAAUUCAAUGCAGUAACGCAUUGAAAAUGGCGCAUUUGCAAGCAAUAUCAAAAUGUACAGAAGCAAAUUGCAAUAUUAUAUGUUUAUAGUAAUGCUAUCGGCCAUUGUUAUCUUGCUUUGACCAGAUGAUUUGUAUCAUUUUGUACAAUGUUUUUGUAAAUAUUACCAUAGUAUUUUAACUGCUUUUUGGGGCAGAAAAAGAGAGGAGGAAACAUAUAUAAGUGUGCAUACGUGUGUGUUUGUGCCAUAUUUCAUUGUGUUCUGAAUUUUCAUGUCAGAUUGUCAGUUAAAUGUUUUUUUUUUUUAAAAUAAUUAUGUGUAUGAGUUCUUUUGCAGUCUUUUGAACUUUUAUGGAGCAUUAGAGAUGAACGAAUGUCUGAAAAAAUAAAUAUUACACGAAAAAAAAAAAAAAAGCUUUCCAACAUUACAUGAGCAACAAUGGUUCUUUUAGAUAAAAUGUAGCACACCAGCAGCCGUUACAUAAUUUUUAUGUAUGUCUCUUUACAAUUAUUAUUGCUUUAAGCUGUAAUGGUUUGAAAAUCAAAAUUUAACUUACUUUCCCUUAAAACUAAUUAGUUCAUUUAGGCACACCGGAUAGACAUUUACAGAAAAUUACGGAUUACAAUGGAGUCGUUUCCAAUAUUUUAAAAGCAUUUUUUUCUGAAAGAACAUGCUUAAAAACAUAGGAUCUAACCAUUUUUUAAAUAAUUUGUUAAAGUUUAAUAUUUUUAAAAAAAUACUUAAAUCGGUGUUUCAUUGUUUACAUUUCUUGCCAAUGACAUCACAAAUGAUGAAAUGCCAUUUUGUGUUGCCAUUCACUGAGCAAAAUAUUAAAUUACCUUCUUUACUCACAUGUGUUGGCAACGAUAUGGUUGAUAGCAAGCGUAGAGCGCAAUUUUAAUUCGCUUCCUGAUUAUCAUAACGUGGAAACGCGGUACAAAGAUGCGCCAAAAAGCAUCAUUUGUGACGUCAUAUAGACCUUGCGUUGUUUGAAAAAUCGGACAUUUAAAAAAAAUAAUUAAAAAAUAACUGUUGGAAAAAUGAAAGAAUUUUCUGGGUUCAUGGUUUUUUUUUUGCUUAUUCUAUCAAUUUCACUGACUAAAAGUACUACUUUUGAUUCAGAACCCCAUUCAAUGGGGUCGUUUCCGAAAUUUUAAAAGUAUUUUUUUCUGAAAGAGCAUGCUUAAAAACAUAGCAUUUGACCAUUUGAAAAAUAAUUUGCCAAGGUCUAAUAUUUCUUAAAAAUUAUUUUAAUUGUUGCGCAGAUUCAAUUUCUUUUGUCCUUAUCGAACAUUUUAAAAAAUGAACAAAAAAUUCAACGUUUUGAAAAUAAAAGAUUUUUUAUUCGCUCCAUGUUAUUAAUUUUUGGCUCAUUCUAUCAACUUUAGUGACUAAAAGUAGUAUUUUUUACUAAUGGAAACAACCCCAUUCAAUUCAAUUAAUUUUAUUUCAACCAAGGGAUUUUUUUUUUUUUACAAAAAUUCAUUUCACAAAUAAAAUAAAAGAAAAUACAUUACAAACAUCGGUAUAUUUUGCCCUGUCUAUUCGAAACUCCCUGAAUGAGUAGAUGAGAAAAGGCUAUAACAAUAGCCAGACUAGCUCCCACCAUUCAGAAAGGAACUUUUUCUUUGGGGGGGGGGGGAGUUUAUAACAUAAAAUAAUAAUUAAAAAAAAAUAAAUAUUUUCAACUUUUAAUACUUCUAUAAUUUUAACGGUAUGUUACGCAAGAUAUCAAUUUCAUUACGCAAAAUUGUUUAGAAGAGUACACGAAAUAAGAAUCAAAAAUAUUAGAAAGUUCAUGCAAAUCACAAGUAAGACUCAAAUUCAAAAUGAAAUUGGAGAUAUUCGUACACCUCUAAAGCACACAAAAUGGAUUCAUUUAUAGCGUUUAAAACGCUCCAUACUUGCACUCUGUUUAUUGUUCCAUUAUAAUUGUUAUCGUUUGUGCCAAUAAGAAUGUAGCUCAUUCAAAGAAUGAAUUUAAAAAAACAUACUGGCGACGAAUUGUUAUGUAUAAAUGUAUAGUGUACAGAAAAUAAAAAAGAAUUAAAAAAUUC